AUGGCAAUCCAAUUGACAGUCGCUUGUUUGGCGCUGUUCGGCCUCCCUGUGUUCGGGACGCAUGUGGCAAGAGAAGAGAAGAAGCCUCUCUUGAAGGACUUUGAUGCGCUUGGAGCAUGGUUUCAAGGUGUGUCAUCUAUCGAGACUUCGAAUAGAACAGCCAACACGCCCAACGACAAGAAUGCCUCGAUUGCCAUUGUUGGUGGCGGGAUUUCCGGCCUCGCCACCGCUCUCAUGCUCGACAGCGUGGGCGUGCAUAAUUGGGAGAUCAUCGAGGCCAGUGAUCGGGUUGGGGGGCGCUUCCGCACCAUCUUUGUUGGCGGCACGCAGGAAUGGGCGGAAAUGGGCCCGAUGAGGCUUCCCCACAGUGUCACCUACAACGACGGCGAGACGGUCGAGUAUACAGACCAUGCCAUGGUGUUUCAGCUGGCGGAGAUGCUCAAUCAGAUGAACGACAACGACCCGCAGUGGAAGAUUGAUUUCAUUCCCUGGGUGCAACAUCACCCGAACGAAUUGAUUGCUCUCGACACGAGACGCCAUCCCGAUGGACGGAUUCCCACCCGUGCGGAAAUCGAGGCGGAUCCCAGUCUGGAAGAGCCGGAAGCGAUCACAACCGAACAGUUCAAUGACACGCAAGACCAGAUGGAUCAGAUUCUGGAGCAAAAGUCGACGCUCCAAUCACUUCAACGCGACGUCUGGCGCGCUCAUCGUCGGGCGAUGGACCAAGGCCUCGAUGACUGGAGCGAACAAGCCAUGAUGCGACACGUUUUCAACGCGAGCGAGAACAUCACCGACCAGAUCUGGACCUCCAGCGACUACGACGUCUUCUGGGAUGAACUGCACCACAACUCCAAUCUCGGGCUGGAUGGCAGUAAAGACUCGUUGGGCAAGACGGAGUGGAAGUGCAUUGAUCGCGGCUUCAACCGGCUGGCCGACGCAUUCCUUCCCCAUGUUCGGGAUCGACUCUCCCUCAAUCGCAAGAUUCGCAAGCUCCAACCUGUGAAGGAUCAUCUGAAUCGCACCAAGACCCAGCUGUCCUGGUAUCCGAGUGUCAGCAACCGAACGGCGGAAUCGAAACAAUACGACUACACCAUCAUGGCGGUUCCAUUCACCAUGACCCGCUUCAUGGACCUGCCCACCUUUUCCUCCGUUCUGGGUCGUGCCAUCAGCGAGGCCGGACUGCGGUUCAAGUCCGCCUGCAAGGUUGCCCUGCUAUUCUCCGAGAGAUUCUGGGAGAAGGGCGAGAAGCCCAUUUUUGGUGGCUAUUCAAAACCACCCAGCGAGCCCGUCGGAGCAUUGUACUAUCCUGUAUAUGGCUUGAACGAGUCUCGUCCCGGAUUGAUCAUGCACUACCGCGGAGGAGACUGGAGUGAUCGACUUGUGAGUUUCUCCGACGAAGAGCACGUCCAGACGGUGCUCGAUUCGAUUGUUGAUUUGCAUGGUGAACAUGUGAGGGAUCUGUAUACCGGUCAUUAUGAGCGUUUGUGUUGGUUGCAGGAUGAGCAUACUGCUACAGCCUGGUGUCGACCGGAUGUCGCGCAGCACAAGCUUUAUAUCCCCGCCUACCACCAGACAGAACACAAUACCAUCUUUAUUGGCGAGCAUACUGCACCCACGCACGCGUGGGUGAGCUCAUCGUUGCACUCCGCCGCUCGAGGAUCGAUCCAGCUGUUGUUGGAGUUGGGACUGGUGAAUGAGGCCAAGGAGUUGAAUGACCGAUGGAUGGGGCGAUGGAUUCAUGGGAAAAAGUGA